AUGGAACGCAAAAGGAAGCUUCCCGCGAGGGCUGCUGCGCGCGUCGAGCAAGUGUCUAAAAAGCGAACAGCAACUCCCCCAGAUAACCGCUCUGCAACACCCGUUCCAACUCCUCCGACAACAGUCGCCGAAGAGUCUCCUAUACCACCAGCUCCGGCGGUGCCGCCCUUGCCAAAGUCCGUUCAGCCAGGGAAACCUUUACCGACAGUCAGCGAGCCGCAGCCCGACGAUCUCUCGAAUAAAGAGUACCAAACUAUACAAGAGAGUGGUGUCCUGGGAGAGUCACUCCAUCGUUCACGUCAAAAAUGGAUCAACGAGGGCAUAUUCGAAAAAUACUGGACCAAGCCAAUAAAGCGAAAGGGCACCGUCAUAGAAGAACCGAAUAAUCCACCCAAAGACAGCAUGUCGAGAAUUGGAACUGUCACCAUUUUCGCCGAGCCUCACGUAUUCGAUGCCACCAUGUUUGCGGUCAAAGACCCCAAGCCACCCGCUCCACUCCCGACGACUCGUCCGGUCAUUCAGUAUGGUCCCCCGAACGGUACCAUGCCGCCGCCACCUUCCGCCCCAGGUACGACGCCCUCGACUCCUGUGGUCAAGUCGGCCGAUAGUCCGGCUAUGGCCGCAGCCAGUGUGGACACACAACAGGCCAAGACAGAAGCACAACAACGGGACUCUUCGACACCCGCACCGAAGGCGAACGUCGAGCCCUCCCAUUCGCAAGCUUCGUUGGUAGGGCCAGCCGAUAGUCAGUCGAACGGACAGCCACCAGAGUCAAAACACCGACCGGCACCACCUCUACGGGCACAACCAACUCCUCCUCCUCCUGUUGCUGCUGCUCCUGCUCCUGUACCUCCCUCCCAACCACCAGCCAUGCAGCCGUCUUUUCCAAGCCGGCCUCCUCCGCCACCGCCACCCUCCGGCUCUGCAGCUGCUACUCCCGCACCGCACACCCCACGACCCGCUACAGCCCAGCCUGCCGGCGCCGACCCCAUUAUUGUUAUGCUGGCCGAGAAGGCCACGGAAGAUGCUCACCUUCGCGAAUUGAUGAAGCGUGUCGCACAAGGUCUAGCACCCAAGGACGAGCUGGAUAGGUUUCAAGCCAUCAUAGACAAGAUCACCUUGGAGGCGAGGCGGAAAGGCAUAGUGGCGGCGCCAUCUGCCGACAGUCUAACUGUUGACGGGAAGACGGUGCGGUAUUUUGCGGAUGAGGUUCGGGCCAUACUUGACAUUGUCUUGACGACAAACCCGCGCCAGACUUCUGCCGACCUCAGGCCACCAGCAAAGAGCGAUCCGUUGGUCGUAGAGCUUGUGAAAGCGGCUCUGGAUGAGCCAAAAACGCGGGACUUGGUUCGGAGGAUUGCCGAGAACCGACCCUCCUUUGCGGAUGCUACGGAUCUCAAGUUGCUGUUGGACAAGCUCAAACAACGCCUGGUCAAGGCGGCAGAGGAGCAGAAAGCCGCAGGAGCUGCCACUCCGUCGCAAUCAAAGGCCAAGGCUCCCACGAACGGCCUUGGAACUUCCAACCAAACAGCAACACCGCCCGCUCCGCAACAAGCACUGAGGUCAAAGGGUCCACCGCCUGCGCCCAAACCCGACAUAUCAGCUGUGGUGUUGGAAUUUGCCAACGGGACAGGUGACAGGUACCUCUUUCCCAAGUUUAGCAUCCUGGAAUCAGUCCAGGGCCCUACGGGCCCGCAGAUACUUGCGUCAUUUUUACUUGUCAGGAAAGGGAGCAUGUCAGAAUACGGCGGGGAUCCCAGCCUCGAUUACUACCAACCAGUCACUAUCAGAAUACAGGCUUCAUCGCCCAAGUUGCUUGAUAACCUGACUCGCGUCGUUGCUCCUAGAGACGAGGUCAAAAGAUAUAUGGAUGAUAUUAUGGACAACAUGACGCGCGCCGAAUAUGUGCUGCUGGCAAUGCGCCUCCCUCGACCUGAGAAGGACGACAAGGACGGUGCCGCCGAGAAAGACGGGACGUCAGGGGCAGCAAAUGGGGCAACUGGACCAGAAGUCAUUGGCCAGGUGCCAGCGCAAGACGGUCCUUUGUGGACAGCAAAGGCAACCGCAGCAGCAGCUUCAUCGCAAAAGUCGGACAAAAAGGUUGUUGGCGAAGACGAAGAGUAUCAAAAAUUUAUUGCUUCGGUGACUCCCAUGGAGGUAGAUCAAAGCUAG